AUGAUCCCUAAUUCGUUGUUUAUCAUCACUCUCGCAAAUGCAACUUGGAACGGAGACAAAAACAUCUCUGCCAUUCCAACGAAUCAAAGCAUCAAUGGCACGUCAUCACUCUUCUCAACCUCAAGCUAUGUCAUCCUUUCCAUCAAUUAUCCUUUCUUUCUAGUAUUUGUCUCAUUGCUUGUUUCAAGUAUUGUGAGCUAUAUCAUGCAACGCUCACAAAUGAAACGAAAUCAACAUGUUCUUUUUGCUCUUUUAUUUGUGUUGGAGAGUUUAGUUUGUGUCAACAUGUUGACAAGAACAUCUGCAGAGUUGGGAUUUCUUCAUUCAGAUCCCAAUAUUGGAAGGAUUAUCAAUGCAGUGAUCAAAAUUUUUGAUCGAUGUGUUGUGACGAGUGCGGUCUAUAUGGAGAUUGUGAUCAUGUGUCAUAUUUCACUGGUCUUCUGUGACACUUGUCGAUCGAUCAAUGUGUUCUCAGCUGAAACUGUAAAGCGAAUUCGACGAUUUGUCAUUAUUUUUCUUUCUGUCUCUGGUUUCCUGUACUUGACAGUGUGUGCCAUUGCAAUCGUCUUUGGAGCUGUAAUGUCGAUAUCUCAUUCUCAAAAUGCUGUGAUUCCUGUGAACAUUGUGUUGUUCCUUACUGCAUCCAUAUUGUUUUUUGUUUCCUCAAUCAUUGUUUCUGUCAUGCUCAAUAUCAUUGGACGAAAGCUUCGAAAUAAUUUAAAAGAAAGUAAAAAGAGAAUUAUGAAUUCUCUCCAAGAGACUCUUAGUUCUUCAAAGAGGUUUUCUGAAAGUGGUUUAACAAACACGUCAAGUUCGGAAUGGAUGAAAACUUACCAGAUUAAGAAGAGUGCUCUUCAAAAAUCCAGGAUCGUUCAGUACGGUCUAAGUGCCUGCUUAUUAUUGCAAUGUAUUGGUUUCCUGUUCAUUCCAGCUUCAUUGGGAUGGUCAUAUCUUCUCAAUUUGUUUCAUUUCAUCUGCAACUUGGGAAUUGCCAUUUUUGUGAUUUUGAUUUUGGUGAUUUAUCAUCCAAUGAAACAAGUGACCAAAUUAUUUAGAGAAAGUACAGAUGGAACAAAAUUGGCAACCAGUACGUCAUUAACAUCAAGUCAGCUUGUGAAUGAUCCAAAGAUUGUGAAAAGUGAUUCUAAUAAGGAGAAAGAAGUGGCCUCUCCCAUUUCUCACACACUUUCUCCAUGUACACAUCCUGUUGAAGCGUUUGAUUUGAAUAAUUCGUCUCAUUCUUUGAAUAACAACACAAGAGAUGAAGGAAAGCAUGUGUAA